AGCCAGCUUUAGUCAGAAACGCAGCAGUUACGCCUUGUUUGGUCGUUGUGAGUGAUUGCCGACGCCGUCGCUUGUUCGGCUUACGGUUGCGUGGCAAAAGUACAACCACUUGUUCAACCUAUAGAACGCCUACGCCUACAGCACAACACUGCGGCAACAGCGUCGGCUGGCUUCGUCUUGACGGAGCAGCCGCUGACCACCUUCACCACGCCUCCUACUACCCGCAAGAGGGCGCUUGAAGCAUCACUAAGCAACGCCUUGCCCGACAUCAUUCAAGAACCGAAGCGAAAGGCGACCAAAACCGUCCACCACGUGAAAGAGGAGCGCGUGAUAGAGGCGGCAUUACCGGCAACGCCCCAAACGUUAUCCGAUAAGCCCAUGGACUCCGAUGAUGAGGGAGGCUUCAACAGCGCUGCCUCCAGCAUCGAGCUGGAUGAGGAGAUGAGCAGCAGUGUCGACUUUGACUCCGAUGUUGAGCUUGACGAUUACCAGGAAGAUGAGACGGCGUUUGAAGCGACGGCUAAGGACCUGGCACCACGGCGAAAGGCGUACGAGGUCGAAUACAGAGUGUACAGUCCCAAAGAUAUCCAAGCUCAGCAGGACGAUCAGGUUGCUGAGGUAGCGAACCUGCUCGAACAGCCGCCCGAAGCCACGGCCAUACUACUACGGCAUGUGCGUUGGAAUAAGGAGCGACUGAUCGAGCAGUACAUGGAUGCCCAAGAAGAGCUUCUGGACAAGGCCGGCUUAGGGCAGGACAUAAGCAAGAACCCACCAAGACUACAAGUCAUUGACGGCUUUUGCUGCGAUAUCUGCUGCGAAGAUACGCCUGGCUUGGAAAGUUUCGCAAUGAACUGCGGCCAUCGAUUCUGCGUCGAUUGCUACCGACAGUAUCUCGUGCAGAAAAUCAAGGGAGAAGGCGAGGCUGCCCGGAUCAAGUGUCCUGGCGACGGCUGCAACAAGAUUAUCGAUGCUAAGUCACUCGACCUGCUGGUGCCUACCGAACUCACAGAGCGCUACAACGAGCUCCUCAUGCGGACAUACGUAGACGACAAGGAAAAUCUUAAGUGGUGUCCUGCGCCGAACUGUGUAUACGCUGUGGAGUGUGGUGUAAAGAAGCGCGACCUGAACAAGAUCGUGCCGAGCGUGCAUUGCGACUGCAAGCAUGCCUUCUGCUUUGGCUGCACGCUUGCCGACCACCAGCCCUGCCCUUGCGUACUGGUGAAGAAGUGGCUAAAAAAGUGCGAAGACGACUCGGAGACGGCGAACUGGAUCUCGGCGAACACAAAGGAGUGUCCCAAGUGCCAUUCGACUAUCGAAAAGAAUGGCGGCUGCAACCAUAUGACCUGCCGGAAGUGCAAGAACGAGUUCUGCUGGAUGUGCAUGGGUGUAUGGUCCGAGCACGGCACGAGCUGGUACAAUUGCAACCGCUUCGAGGAGAAGAGCGGAAGUGACGCGCGUGAUGCACAGGCUAAGAGCCGGCAGAGCUUGGAGAGAUAUCUACACUACUACAACCGCUACGCAAAUCACGAGCAGAGCGCGAAGUUGGACAAAGACAUCUUUCACAAGACCGAGAAGAAAAUGACGCUGCUACAGUCAAGCUCUGGCAUGAGCUGGAUCGAGGUACAGUUUCUUGAGGCGGCUUCGCAAGCGCUGCAGCAGUGCCGGCAGACGCUCAAGUGGACGUAUGCCUUUGCGUACUAUCUGGCGCGCAACAACCAGACUGCCAUCUUCGAGGACAACCAAAAGGAUCUCGAGAUGGCGGUGGAGAACCUGAGCGAGAUGUUUGAGAAGUCGACCGAUCAGCUUGCGGGGUUGAAGGUGGAGAUGAUGGACAAAACGACGUACUGCAUGCGGCGGCGAGUCAUAUUGUUAGAUGACACGGCGAAGAACCUUAAAGAACAGACGUGGGAAUUUAUCGUUGAUAUGGUCUAAGGCGUAUCUGUUGGAAUGCAGAUGCUUGGGGCGUUGCGGUCAUGAUGGAAGGCUUGACCUAUGGAGCAUGAAAUACAGGCGUUUAGCUGCUGGCAGCCCAGGGCACAAGGCGCCGCAGCUUGAUGCCGAUAUGACUGACUAGGCAUUGACAGUGCACAUACGUCCAAUCAUGAUAACUACGCUAGCGCUUGACCUGUUAAAUGAAAUCCCAAAUCGGGGCGGCAAGUCGCGAGUGAUGACAGGU